UGCUUGUAACCUUUCUGGAUUUACUUUAGGUGGGAAACAGUAUGUACAUCAAUAUACUCACUAGUUCCAGUAUAGUUUUCACUCUGAUAUUUAACGCAAUACGUGUCAGGCUAAUCGAGUUUUGUUGGUCCCUCUAUUUGUGAUAGCAGUUUUCUAGCAGUUAUGAAUGAAAGGCUCAGUGUGUCUUGCCUUGCUGGUGCUCUUUUGAACAGCAGGACUUUCCAGAUUUUAUCAGUGCGCACUGGCACCCAAGUCUGGGCUUUAUUGGGUAACACAGUUAUAGUGGUUCAGGGUCUGUUAACUGAUGGUUAACUUUAGAGGGGUCUGUAAGAGGAGCUGCUGUCUGAAUCCGUGCCAACUCUUAAUACUAUUCCAGGUCAGUAGAAGUCUGAGGAGAGGUGGUCUAGUAUGGCAAGUUGCAUUUCAUUUUGCACAGCAGAUUAAACCUACGAGGUAAAAAAAAAAAAAAAAGAAUAGGGAACUAUAUAUUCAAAACAUAAAAACUUAAAUAUAUAAACGAACAGAUAAAUGUAAAAAAAAAAAAAAUAGAAACAUUUGGUCAGCUAUAAACUAAAAUACAUAUAUGGGAAAGUAAAUAGAAUAAGUAUUUUAUAAUAUAUAUAUAUAUAUAUAAAAAAAGCUCGCUCUGCUUUUGGCUAAUAUCAAAUUUGCAGCAUUUUUUCACUGGGUAGGCUUUUACUUAAGAAAUCUGAAACUAUUGUCAAUAUAAGCUUUUGGUUUUCUUUUGGAUUGAGUUUUUUUUUUAAAUGUAUUUAUUUUGCCCCUCCAAAGAACAACAGUUUAUUGUUUCUUCAAAUCCCUUAAAUGUCUUAAAAUAAUUUUGUGAGAAAUAAUUGAGGAUUUUGUUAAAAAAAAAAUAUAGUUUGCAGCAUGGGCCAAUAAAAGACCCCGCCCUCACCUGUGUGAAGCCACGCCCACAUGUACCCUACCGCAUAACAGCGCUGCUGAAUUCUAUACAGUCUCCAAACGUGUCGUGCGGUUUAUUCGGACGUCAAUGUAAAGAUCAGAUGCCUCAGUGACCAAAUGCUGUCUGAAACGUUUGAAUGUCCAGGUUGUGUUGCAGGUCUUUGUAUAGACUGAAAUGGAGAAGAAAGACUUGAAUAAGUGGCCCGAGGGUGAUUCACGGCCAGCUUACCUCUCCACUUGCAAAUGUAUGACAUUAGCUGCAAUACUGAUUCUUCUCAUCAUUGGGGCUGCUGUGGGUUUUAUGACAGCCUACUUAAUACAAGAGGAACAUUAUUUCAUGGAGACAGUGGAAUUGCAAGGGCUCAGUUAUGAUUCAGACCUGCAAGAUAAAACAUCAGGAUUCUCUGUAGUUCUGACCGCGACUCUGAAAGCAAACAUCAGGAAUAUCUUUACCGCCUCUGCAGUGGCAAAUCAUUUUACUGACUGCCAGAUAGUUGCAUAUGGGAAUAUCAACACAAAUGUGAUGACCACUCUUCGUUUGAUCUUCCGGGUUUCUCAAGUCCAGGGGUACACAGAGAACUUUGUCCAAGACCUCCUUCGCACUGGAUUGAAGGCCAUGUUGAACGGGAAACCCAUCAUUGUCCCAGAAUACGGAGAGAUCAGUAGCAUCAUCCUUCUUGGGGCAAGUGGAAAGUCAUUCUAUGAGAUUGGGAAUGACAUAAGUAAAUGUCCUGAGAACACGUUCACUUGUGACAACGGCGAGUGCAUCACAAAGCUAAAUCCAGAAUGCGACUUUAUAACCGAUUGUGUUGAUGGCUCAGAUGAAGCCUUUUGCUCCUGUGGAACACGUCCUGCCAUGGCUAACCGUGUUGUGGGUGGUGAAAACACCCGUCACGGGGAGCUACCCUGGCAGGUCAGUCUCAGACUACGUGGCCGUCAUACCUGUGGCGCAUCCAUCGUCAACAAUCGCUGGAUUGUCAGUGCCGCUCAUUGUUUUGAAACAGAAAACAACCCAAAAGAUUGGACGGCUCUUGUGGGAGCCAAUCUAGUCAGUGGGGAGGAGGGAGAAGCCACCAUAAUAAACAUCAAGUCCCUGGUUGUCUCUCCGGUCUAUGAUCCCAUGACCACUGACAGUGAUGUGACCGUACUGGAGUUGGAAACGCCCUUGACGUUUAGCCCUUAUGUUCAGCCAAUCUGUAUCCCAUCAUCCUCUCACAUUUUCAGUCCUGGGCAGAACUGCAUCGUCUCUGGUUGGGGAGCUCUUAAUCAGUACACCAGUGAUGUGCCUUCUACAUUACAGAAGGCAAUUGUGAAGAUCAUUGACUCGAAAGUUUGCAACAAGUCAUCUGUAUACAGAGGUGCACUCACCCAAAAUAUGAUGUGUGCUGGUUUUCUUCAAGGGAAGGUGGACUCUUGUCAGGGAGACUCUGGGGGCCCUCUGGUAUGUGAGGUGGCCCCUGGGCGCUUUUUCCUAGCGGGCGUGGUGAGCUGGGGAGUAGGAUGCGCACAGGUCAACAAGCCUGGGGUCUAUUCCCGCGUCACCAAACUCCGCAACUGGAUUCUGGGCUACACCAAUACGGCACCAAAAAUCCAAGUCGCCACUACUGUCCCUAGUGUCACGACCACUACGGCUCAUCUUGUUAAAGCUAUGAGCUCGUCCUCUGAGCUCGCCAAUGAUGAAUAUAAUCCUGCUCCUGGGAACUGCAGUGGUAAUUAUAACUGUGGCGGAAACAAGUGCAUCAGCAAGAUAAACCCAGAAUGUGACAAAGUCGUUGACUGUCCUAAUGAGGCUGACGAGAAAAACUGUGACUGUGGGAAUCGUCCAGCUGUUGGACAGGAGAGGAUUAUCGGUGGCGUCUCUGCCCGGAGAGGUGAAUGGCCAUGGGUGGGCAGUCUGCAGUACCAACGCAAUCACCGCUGUGGAGCUACGCUCAUCCACUGCAAAUGGCUCCUGACUGCUGCUCACUGCUUCAGAGGUGAGCUGAACCCUGCCAGUUGGACAGUAAGUCUUGGGUCAGUCAUUUGGUCUGGACUGGGUGCUCUGGUUAUUCCAGUGCAAAGGAUCAUCCCUCAUCCGGCUUUCAAUAGCAGCACCAUGGACUUUGAUGUGGCCUUGGUGGAACUCUCCAUCCCUGCCCCAAAGUCCUACACCAUCCAGACUGUGUGUUUGCCUUCUCCCUGGCAUAGCUUCAUCAAAACUAUGGAAUGCUACAUCAUCGGAUGGGGCGCUGUGAAAGAGGACGGUAUGAUAACUAAUUUGCUGCAAAAAGCACAGGUUAGUGUCAUUGAUCAGUGGGACUGCAAGCGAGCUUAUGGUGCUGAACUUGCUGACAGCAUGAUGUGUGCUGGCUCUAUGGAAGGGGAGAGGGACACAUGUUUGGGAGACUCAGGGGGCCCUCUGACGUGCCGUGAACCCCAGGGCCGUUGGUUCCUGGCCGGGGUGACCAGCUGGGGUCACGGCUGUGGGCGAAUUGGCUUCCCGGGAGUUUAUAUGCGGGUCACUGCCGCCAGAGAGUGGAUAUCUAUAUACCUCCCUUUUUAAAUGUAAGAUCCAGAAAUGUCCUCCACCAUCUGUCUCACAAGUGAUGUGCAGUCGUGUCUCUCAACUGAAGAAGAUGCAUGAAACUCAAAUGGACUACUUUACCAACAUGUUCAUACUGUACUGUCAAAAUAUUUAUUUUUGGUAUUUAUUAACAAUGCAUUCUGGUGUACAACGCACUAGCCCUUGAUGUACUACUUGCCAUUUAGGAGAAUAAACCAUAAGGCCUCCAUAAAAACAGAUUGCAGAUUUUUGUGCAAUUUCUGCACUGAUUUUGAAGGGAAAAUGCUCCAAUAUGGCAGGUUGCAGAUCCAGUGUGGGCCUAAGCAUAACCAAUAUGGCUUAGAAAUAUUUACAAUUGAUGAUCAUUGAGAAGUGAUUUUCACUUCAGAUGGACGAUAAAAUGACAUUUGCUGGCCUAAAUUUUUCUUGAUAAAUUCUGAUUUCAAGAGAUAGAGGUAUCCCCUUUCUCAUUUCACCAGCAGAAUGUAUAUUCCUGUAACAGAAUAUCACAAAAUGAAGGCAAUUUGCUUUGACUUGGUUGAUGCAUUGUUAAGGCCAGAAACAUUCUACACAAGUAUGCAAACCACAUUUUGCAAGUACGCAAUCCCUUUGAACAUACGCAUUUUCUUUCCGGUACUAAGACGGAACCAAACCUCAAUAUAAAAGUCGGUGCCAGUAAACAAGAUUCUCUUCAGACUGUUGCUCCGCCAUGACAGUUCUUGACCAGGCUGUAGAAUAAGACAGUUUGUGGAAUCCAUGCUAUAGCACCGCUUGUGGCAGUGCAAAGAAGACAAAAUGUAAGUAUGAUGUACUUGAUUAGUGUGUUUCAGGCCUAAUUUGUACAAAUGGUGCUACAUUUGUUAACCUGAUAUUUUAUCAAUGCAACAAAAACAUCAAUAAAAAAUGGUCUGACUUGAUGG